CUGGCACAUGAUGGGAAUCAACCAAUGGCUCCAGAGCUUUCCUGGGGCCCCCGUGUGUGUACGGGCGAGUGUAUCCGAAAAGAAUAGCAGAGAGUGAGACUGGCAGCAAAGUAAUUCAAGUUUUCCUUUAAACCACUCCUGAGUCUGGAAUCGGAGUAGCUACAUCUGCAUCCGUAUGUUUGAGCAGCAUAAAAAAAAACAAAUCUCAACUUUUUAUUUCGGGGUUGCAAACGGAUUAUUCUACACUACGGUGGAAAAUAACAUUGGAAUCUGAAUGCGGCAAGGAUUAUUUGGGAUUAUUUCGUGGUGAAGCAACUCCAUCGAUGUGCCGUCAGAAGGAUUCUCAAGCGAAGGAUUUAACCAAGGCUGCUCAAAGUCCAAGAAAAAAACCCGAACUAUUUUGCUGUCUUUUCAUGUGGUAGCUAUAGUGUAGUUAUUGGAGGAAUAAUUAUGGUAUAGCCUAUGAAUUGCUGCUCGGAAGAUAGUCUUGGGGAAUUGUGUUGCCUCUGUAAAAACAAACGUUUUCAUAGACUAAAUGGUUGUAGGAUAUAACAGACCAGUAAAUGCAUGUAUGUCGCAUUCUGUUUUGUUGUGUAAUAUCGUUACAUUUGACUUUGUUUAAUGCAACAUACAACCGUAAAUUACAUUCUAAUGCUGCGAGUUAGUCAUAAAUCUACGACCUCCGGCUGCGCAUGUAGUGCGCGCCGUUUACAAAACAUUAAUGUUGUGCGGAGACCAUAAAUCAAUGUGGAAUCCUCACAGACCUGGACGGGAACAAUACGACACAUCCAAAACUGUUUAAAUUGUCGUAUGUUCAGGUCGAAACGCUCAGGUCUUACACGGCGACUCUGGAGAAGCCGUUUAGUCCCAGACAGAGACGGGGGAGAUGGGAGAAGCAAACGAAGCGAGGAGUUUCGGGACGGUUCGUGUGGCAGUAACCCAGAAAAAAUUCCCAAAACGGAGCUCCGGUCGGUGACCCGUGCCUCGCCAUCUCUGGGAACUUUCGACGAAGUGUGCAACACAGACCUCACGGACAGCGCAGAGUCGGCGCCGGGGGACAAUUCUGAUCAUGGUCAGGAGGAUGCCAUGUGUGUCCCCGUCCCUCAUCACCGAGGCUCUCAGACAGAACACGAGAAUGACAGUAGAACGGUUACAUGCUGUUUGUUUCGAGACAGGGAUCCUAGACCUCGGAGCCCCGUCUUGACCCGGGUUAUUCGAAAUUCUAGUCCCCGCGAUGGAGGUAUCCUCACGGGACGGGAGGGGAAUACUGGCUCGGUGGCUGAGCAAGAACUCAAGAACGUUACCUAUGCUCUUUUGAAAAGACUCCAGGAGAAACCGCUGGAUGCCUUGUUGGAGGCGGUGGAGUCGAAAGGAGGGAUGCCCAGUGACUGUGUUCUGGUACCCCAGACGGAGCUGCGUUUAGAUGGCCACUCGACAUCUCCUCCAUUUCUGCUCUGUAAACUCUACCGAUGGACUGACCUGCACCACUCGACUCAACUCAAAGCGCUGUGCCACUGUCAAAGCUUCCGGGCAUUGGACAGCAGCGAAACGGUGUGCUGUAACCCCUAUCACUACAGCCUCUUGUGUGGGCCAGAAUCACCACCACCCCCCUACUCACGACUAUCUCCCUCAGAUGAACACAAGCCACUGGAACAAUCAGAUUCAACACUUUCAACACUGUCGUACACUGAAACUGUGGCCCCCCGGUCCCCCGAUGUCGCGCCAAGACUCUUCUCAGCCCCCGGUACCUCCGUGGGCUCCUCGUCUUCCUGUGAGCGGCGUUCCCACUGGUGCAGCGUAGCCUACUGGGAACAGCAGACGCGGGUCGGGCGCCUCUACCCGGCCCACGAGCCCUCGCUCAGCAUCUUCUACGACCUACCUCAGGGCACGGGCCUCUGCCUGGGCCAACUCAACGCCGUUGCCAACGCUAGCAACGGUCACCGCUGCGACGGUCACCAUGGCAACCGUAGUCACCGCGGCGGUAGUGGCAGCAGCACGGGCAGCUGUGUCCAGCGAACACGCAGCAAAAUCGGCUACGGGAUUGUCCUGAGCCAAGAACCUGACGGAGUGUGGAUCUACAACCGUAGCCAGCACCCAGUGUUUGUCCACUCGCCCACCCUGGACCUGCCCAGCUCAGUGAGGGGACUGACUGUGAGGAGGGUGAUGCCUGGCUACUCACUCAAAGUGUUUGACUAUGACAAGUCCAGUUGGAUCCUGCAGCAGGGCAUGGAGCCCCCUGUGGGGCUGGAGGGCCCCUAUGAUCCCCACAGUGUGAGGAUCAGCUUCGCCAAGGGCUGGGGCCCCUGCUACUCCAGACAGUUCGUCACCUCCUGCCCCUGCUGGGUGGAGGUGUUGCUCAAUACCCACAGAUAACACACAGACUAGGAAGACAGACAGAGGGAUGGAUGGACAGACAUACACACAGAUAACACACAGACUAGGAAGACAGACAGAGGGAUGGAUGGACAGACAUACACACAGAUAACACACAGACUAGGAAG